AUGGAGCAGCCGCUCUGGUUGCACAUGGACAGCGAGGUGGUCCACUACACACCCAAGCACCGGGAAUCGUCGAUGAAAAAGUUACGAUCAUCUGCUCUCCGACUUGAUGGGUCUCUGUGUAAGUUUCUUCCAAACAUAUUUAUAUAUUGACUACUAACAUGUCCCACAGUCAUUAUUCUAGUCGAUAAGCGAACGACAAAUGAGCCAAAUAGGGAAAAGGAUCUUGCCAGAGGUGACCUUCAUGUGACAGUACGAAUUGGCAGUAGCCCCCCAGUUCCCCAGAAGAUGGGAAGUGGGAGUUCAGCGUGGUGGGAUAACGUCUUCGAGAGCGUGUGGGAAUGGAUUACAGAAGAGCCGUUUGAACUUCGAUUGAGCUUGAUCGAACUCAUAUUUAGGCAAGAACAAAAGUCGGGUGGAGCUGCUCGAGUAUUGGUAGGCUUGUUUAAAUUGUUCGACUCUAACGCGAGGAUGGAAGAUCUGCAACGUAGCGCCGGAGACCUUAAUCUUGCUGCAAUAGCCGCACCUGACUUGGAGACUUUCAAAUCCUUGAACGAACGUCGGCGAGAGUUCGCGGAGCUUCAAGGCAUUCUGCUGAAUAAAGAAGAUGCGGAGGCAGAGGACGCGUGUUUCGAAGAAGUCACCUCCGGGCUCCAGUUCUCACUUCCGGAACUUCCUUCCAAACAGUAUGAGCGACUGAAAUCCAAUGGAAGAAUUCUAAAUCAGGAGCUUAACACUAUCUUCAAAACGCUUAUUGGGACAAUCACCUUGAUGGAUUCGAGAGCCAACCAGGAGAGUGCAAAGCCGUCGAAAAUACAGGCAGAAAAAGCCACAAUGCUAACCCUGCUAGCCGCCUUCUACCUCCCACUGACUCUGUGUACUGGCAUAUUUGGCAUGAAUAUUGACAAAAUUGUUGGCAGUCCGGGUCCUGGUUGGUUGUAG